AUGAAGUCCGCCAGAAAUAUCUACAAGGACGAUGUUGACUUCUCGGCUCUUGCAUUGCGGUCUUCCGGAUUCGCCAAGUACUUGAAACCAAACGGACAAUUGGACUUCAGCGACCCGGCAUCUGUCCGACAAUUGUCCAAGAGCUUGUUGCAGCGGGACUUUGGCUUGGAAGUUGACUUGCCCGACAAUAGGCUAUGCCCGCCUAUACCGAAUAGACUGAACUAUAUCGCAUGGAUCCAAGAGCUCCUAGACACCACGGGCGAUGAAUAUCGCGACGACUACGACCCAGAUAGAGACGUCUUGGGGUUGGACAUUGGAACAGGAUGCUGCAGUAUUUACCCGCUUCUAGGGUGUUCACUGCGCCCGCGUUGGAAAUUCAUCGCUACAGAUAUUGACGAUGAAAAUAUUCGACUGUCUAAGAAGACCGUAACUGCGAACAAGCUGGAAUUUCGAAUCCAGGUAAAGAAAACGAGUCCCACGGACAAGCUGAUUCCAAUCGAUGAAACAACUGCAAUUGAAGGUCUUGAUUUCACCAUGUGUAACCCUCCGUUCUAUGCUUCGCGUGACGAAAUGAUUGCAUCCGCAGAGGCAAAAGAGAGACCACCAUUCUCGGCCUGUACCGGUGCGGAAGUGGAGAUGGUCACACCGGGCGGCGAAAUCGCCUUCGUAACUCGGAUGAUAGAUGAAAGUCUCCGCCUCCGUGAGCGUGUUAUCUGGUACACUUCGAUGCUCGGGAAACUGAGCAGCGUAUCUGUGAUUGUUGAGAAGUUGAUCGAACACGGAAACCACAAUUAUGCCGUUACGGAGUUUGUCCAGGGGUCGAAAACGAAACGAUGGGCCGUUGCAUGGUCAUGGGGGGAUAUGCGACCUGCCAUGAGUGUAGCUCGAGGCAUUCCUGGAUUUCCAAAACACCUCCUCCCCUUCCCAUCGGAAUUUACAUUCGAUAUUUCCAACAUCUCCAUAGAUGUAGUCGGUGACAAAGUCGAUUCAGAACUCUCUGCACUUCCUCUCCGCUGGCAUUGGAAUAAGGGUCUCACUGCAGGCGUGGGAUUCGCAAAGGAGAACGUAUGGUCCCGUCAGGCUCGCAGGAAGAUGCGCGGAACUGGAAAUGAUUCGACUUCAGCAGCAGCUAACAGCGCCGAAGUGGAUGAGGACCAAGCGGCACUGGGAUUCAAGGUUCAGCUGAGACUUGAUAUUGCUGGAGAGAAUAAGAAGGUCCAGAUGCAAUUGAGAUGGCUCAAGGGGACAGAUACCGUGUUGUUUGAGAGCUUCUGUGGGAUGUUGAAGAGGAAGCUUGAGGGGAGGUAA